AUGAAUAAAAAAGGGUUCCUCAAAGGACCUGGAGAGCACCUCGAGGCCUGGAAGAAUAAGCGCGGGAAAAAGUUUGAGUCGAAAAGUCCACAACACGAUGAAGCUCGAAUGCCGGUCCAAGGGGUGACAGUGGGUGACGGACAGCAAACACAGCACUAUCCUCAUACACAUGCCGAAGAUCAAGGAGGUGGAAGUUUGCUGCGGCAUGAAGAUGAUGGAGAGGACCCAUUGAUAGGUGUCGUUAGUGUCGCGCGGCGUAAUGAGGCCACUUCUGGUGUCAAUGAUGCAGCCACAUCCCCAGGCAAUGCACAGCCAGCAGACACGUCGUUACAUGCAGAGCCUUCAGUGAGUCAUAAUUAUUCCAAAACUCCUAUUUGGAGUGGUUCAUUGGAAGAAUGGAGCAAGAAGAGCCCUGAAGUGUAUCAAGCUUUGGGUGAUGAAGCAAGUGGCGCGCUUGACAACCCUAGCAAUGUCAUCGGCGUAUUGAGCGGCAUCCUUUGGGAACUGUGCGAACUGAAGAGUAGAGACACAGUCAGGGCCAAGCUGAGGAAAUACCUGUCAAGAUGGGCGAUGAAGACAGUGGUCAUGUGA